UCCCUCCCUCCCCCCGCGCGCGCAGGAAUUGGCCGGGCGGGGACGAGCACUGGGCGAAAUGCAAAAGAGGUGCUUCCGUGCUUUUCCUUAAGCGGUGACGGGAAGAUGAGCUAGACGCUCACACGCGCCGCAGCCGCUCCGGACGCACCACCCCGUCCAGGCGCGUCCCCGCGGCUCUCCGGGGGCCACGUGAUUUCCUGGAAGUGGGCAAGGCGCUUAGGUGGCUUUAAGUUUCGCUUUCCACUUUGCAAACCCUACCAGUCGCUGGUUGUGUGUCUCUGUUCCUCUGGCGCGCCCCAGCCAUGGCUCAGCUGCUGCGGGCGCCUUCGGCCCCUUGCCUGGUGGGCUUGGAAGAGGAGCUGACGUGCUCCAUCUGCCUGUGCGUCUUCGAGAGCCCCGUGACGACCCCGUGCGGCCACAACUUCUGCCUGCCCUGCCUGGAGAUGACGUGGUCGGGCUUGCUGAGGAACUUCUGCUGCCCGCAGUGCAGGAGCUCCUUCGACAGUCGCCCCGAGCUGAAAAAGAACACGGUCCUGUGCAGGGUGGUGGAGCAGUUCCAGAGCACCCAAGGAGAGCCAGCCGAGAAGAAGAAGGGCCUUGGAGAUGCCACCACCAAAACCACCGCCACCACCACCAGCAGCAGCAGCCCUUCGGUGGCCUGUGACAGUUGUCUGGAGAAGGUGGCCGACAAGACCUGCCUCACCUGCAUGGCCUCCUUCUGCCUGGAGCACCUGCGGCCGCAUCUGGAGAGCCCCGCCUUCAAGGGCCACCAGCUGGUGCCUCCGGUGAAGGACCUCCAGCGCCGGAAGUGCCAAACCCACCAGAAGCUCCUGGAGUUCUACUGCAAGGAGCACAACAGCUGCAUCUGCUGUUUUUGCUUGGUCACGCACAAGGCGUGCGCCACCGUCCCCUUGCAAGAGGCCAAAGACGAGAAGGAGUCCCAACUGAAGCAGAGACUAACGGAACUCUAUGCUCUGAACGAGAAGGCUUCGCAGUCCUUGGAUCAAGUGCGAGUGCAGCAGAAGCAAACCAGUGAUACAGCUAAUCGGAAGUUGGACCUGCUGAAGGCAGAAUUCCUGGAAAUUAUUGCUUUAAUUGAAGAGGAAGAAAAAGAAGCUGUGAAGAAAGUCCUAGCGGAGGAGAAAAGAGUCCAAGAUAAAUACGAGUAUGUCUAUAAAGUGCUGGGUAAGAAGAAAACCGAAAUCCAGGGAGCGAGAGACCAGAUUGAAGUGACCUUGACAGAGGAUGACAACAUCGCAUUUUUAAAGAAGGCAGCAAAACUCCGGCAGUUACCCAUCAAAGAUGUCUUCAUACCUAAACUGGAAUUGGAUCAAAACUUGAUACACACCGUUUAUCAAAAAGCCUUUAGCCUCAAAGAAAACGUGAAACAGUUCUUGGCUCAACCCCAGGAGAAGAAAAAAGAAGGAGAUACAAAAUGGAAACCGAAGCCUUUUGUGCAGCCAGGGGAGAAAAGUGUUGCAUCCAGCGCACCAAAGAGAGACAACCCCCCAUCAACAUCUUCGCAGGAGAAGACGGCAGAAGAGGCUGCUGCUGCUGCUGCUGCUGCUGCAGACACUAAGCACAGAAGGAGACCUGCUAAACGCUCACAAAGUCCCAACCAGAGAGCACGAAGUUCUAGCAGGCCUCAAGCAGGGGUUCCGUCGAUAACUCUGGAAAGCUUUUUAACUAAAUCCCGAGAGGAGCUUUUGGAAUUUGCGACAAAAUUCACUCUGGAUUUCAACACCGCCCACAAGAAAGUGCUGCUCUCCGAGAGGAACACCAAGAUAUCCGUGUCGGAAACCCCCCAGAAUUACGCCCACCACCCUCAGCGCUUCACCUACUGCUCCCAGGUGGUGGCCUUCCAGUGUUUCAAGCGGGGCAUCCAUUACUGGGAAGUGGAGCUGGAGCACAACACUUUCUGUGGGGUCGGCGUCUGCUAUGGGAGCAUGGCAAGGCAGGGGGCGGAGAGCCGCCUGGGGCGUAACGGCAGCUCGUGGUGCAUCGAGUGGUUCAACUCCAGGAUCUCGGCCUGGCACGACGACGUCGAGAAGUGCCUGCCCAACACCAAGGUGAAGAAGAUUGGCGUUUUGCUGAAUUACGAUGGUGGCUUCGUCAUUUUCUUCGGCGUCGGUGAGAAACUCAUCCUCCUCUACAAAUUCCGGGCGCAGUUCACGGAAGCUCUCUAUCCAGCGUUCUGGGUGUUCUCCAGUGGAACCACUAUCUCGCUGUGCCAGCUGAAGUGAAGAACGGAACCGCCACCAUUUGUUUUGCUUUGUCUGUAUGUUAACUCA